UGACGUUUUCGGGUUUCUGCUGGUUCUCUAGCCGGUUUAUUACUUCGUUCUAACUUAUCACUUGUUCAUUAUUAGUUAACUCUUUAAGAGAGAGCCGGGAGACGAUCCAGGUCCAGCACUCGUGGGUUGGUGCUGUCGAUUCUCUGUCGCCCCUUUCGUCUCAGGAGGUAGAGGUAGAGAUAGACAUCCAGUCGAUGUAGACUCGGUGGUCGCAAACUCACAAUGGCUCGAGUGCCGUUCAUUGGAAGGCUCUUUUGGACCGAAUACAUCGCGCUCUUUGGCUCUCUGGUUCUUAUCUUCCUCGAAGGUCUCAUCCAUAUCAUCACCUUCUGCCUGCCGGAGCCGGUGAUCAACUACUGUUACAAUAUCUCCAAAAGCGUCUUCAAUCUCCUGUCAACAUCGCAGGGGCGGCUGCCUCGACCUCGACAGCGAUCGUUUGCAGAACGGGUUGCUAAAGCGUCCGAUUUUGCAGAGCUAUGUGGUCUUUUUGGCUACGAAGCUGAGGAGCAUAUCGUUCAGACCAAGGAUGGCUACCUGCUGGGCCUGCACCGCCUGGCCUAUCGCAAAGGCGAAGAAGGGAAGCGAGUGAACCAUGGAGAAGGCAGUAUCCGGAAGAAAGUCGUCUACCUACAUCAUGGUCUUCUCAUGAACAGUGAGGUCUGGGUGUGUCUGACGGACGAACAACGCUGCCUUCCCUUUCAGCUCGUGGAACGAGGCUAUGACGUCUGGCUGGGCAACAAUCGGGGCAACAAGUACUCGAAGAAAUCGACCCAAUUCGCCCCAUCAUCGACGGAGUUCUGGAACUUUUCGAUUGAUCAGUUUGCCUUUUUCGACAUCCCGGACAGCAUUGAGUACAUCCUGUGCGCCACUGAACAGCCAUCGCUGUCGUACAUUGGGUUUUCUCAAGGCACAGCUCAAGCGUUCGCCACAUUGUCCAUCCAUCCACUGCUGAACGCGAAGGUCGAUGUCUUCAUUGCCCUUGCUCCUGCAAUGGCCCCUGCUGGUCUGCACAACGGUAUCGUGGACUCUUUGAUGAAAGCGUCACCGAGCGUGGUGUUUCUGGCUUUUGGCCGGAAGAGCAUUCUCAGCUCCACCACGAUGUGGCAGGCGAUCUUUUACCCACCGAUAUUCGUGCGCAUCAUCGAUCUCUCCUUGUCCGCUCUUUUCAACUGGACGGGCAACAACAUAACCCAGAACCAGAAGCUCGCGGCCUACCCCCAUCUGUACUCUUUCACCAGCACCAAGUCCGUGGUGCACUGGUUCCAGAUUAUACGGAACAAGAGCUUCCAGAUGUACGAUGACGAGGUUGCCGCGCCGUUCAGCAUUGGAGCAAGCAGCCGCUACUACAAGCCCGUCAAGUAUCCGACUCGCAAUAUCAAGUCCCCCGUGGUUCUCGUGUACGGCGAGAGCGACAGUUUGAUUGCCAUUGACAUCAUGCGCAAAGAACUGCCGCGGGGAACCAAGGCAAAGCCGGUUCCCAAGUACGAACACCUGGACUUCCUCUGGGCCCGUGAUGUGGACACGGCUGUCUUCCCCCAUGUGUUCGAGUCUCUGGAGAUGUAUAGUCGCGGCAAGUCUACCUACGCAGAGAAGUCGCUCUCUGCCCCGGAUCUGUUCACUGACGGGGUGAACAACCAUGCUUCAUCAAACGCGGUACGGCCCAUGUCUAAUAUUUCUCGCAAGCAUCAUCCGGCGAACGAGUCGAUCUCUCCGCCAGUAAUCUCAUACUCGGAUCCGGAGUGGCGAUUCAACCCUGAGAGAGCGCCUGAAGAUGUCGAUUUGGAUGCUCUAAGCCGCCAGGAGUAGGAUUUUUUGGGUUUAUAAUUGCUUUAUUUUUCGGUGUUCAUAUUACAGACGUAUAUAACAACAUAAUAUAUACAGUACAUACUUGGUAUUUACAGAUUUUGAGCCUUAGUUGAUCAGCAGAGAUGAUGUGCGAGACUGAAGUCACAUUCAUGAGACAACACCAUCAUGCUCGUGGAUCCCGCGUUGUAGUCGAUCCUUGCUUUCUACUCUGGACCUCCUAGCCUGACGCUGGGUCAGAUCUUCUUCGUUCACGUUUAAUCAGUAAGAUCUGAUUCCAUCUUCCAUGUCAAUUUCUCCGGC